AUGGACUGGAUGGCCUUCUCGCUGGACGCCAUGAACUUCUUCGCGGUCCUGCCGGGGUUUGUCCUGGACAGGUUCGGCGCCACCGUCGUCUUCGCCGGGUCUGCGUGCAACAACUUGGUCGGGUUCACCCUGCUCACCCUCGGCUCGCGAGGGAUCCUGCCAGUGGAGGCGGCGAUAGUGAGCAUGCCGUUCUUGGGGCAAGCCUCCAUUUGGGCGGUGAUGGCCACGCUGUCUGUCUUGGGCCAGCUGAUCGUCCCUGAAGACAAGGGCAAGGCCAUUGGGUGCUGCAUGACGUGGUUCAGCUUGGCGCCGGUCGUCGUCAAAACCCUCGUGUAUGCGGCAACGGGGACACUGAGCCACCCCGAGGUGAAUGUCUGGUUCUAUCCGAUCUGCGGCCUAAUCUUGCUCUCUGGCGGCUUGCUCGGCGUCUUCACGCUCCUCGCGGUCCCUCUCAGCAGGGCGGCCGGCACAGCCACGCUCGACACCAGCGACUCCGAUAUCAAGGCGGAGGUCGACGCUCGGUUCGACAUCGCCCGUCCUGCUCUGGAAGCCUGCUUCCACGCCUGUUUCGGCGCCCAGUAUUACAUCGGCUUCAACAUCUUCACCUGA